UGAAGUUUUCAUUUCAAACCAGAGAACAAGAAAGCCCCGGAAGACAACAGCAACAGAAUGGUUGUCAACUGCAAAAAGUAGCUGUCCGUAGAUUGUCUUUCCAGCGGCGUGUAAGGUAAUUAGCUCCACUGCAGAAAUGGAGGCUGCAGGAGGAGAGGAGAGUCCAGAGGUGUGGGGGGCAGCUGCAACAGCAGAACCAAGCUUUUCUGGGUCUAGAGCAACGUCCACCAAGCCAGUUUGGGCUUCGCUAGAAGAAGCAACCCAAAUGAAAACAGAAGGGAAUGCUUUCUAUCGGGAGAAGAACAUCCGCUCAGCCAUCGGUCGUUAUCACCGAGCUCUGUUGGUCCUCCGAGGCCUGGAUUCUGAUGUGAUGGCCGCAGUGAAAGGGUUUGGACCCGAGAUACCUGCUCUCACAUCUGAACAGGAAGCGUUGCUGAGAAACACACAAGUGGACUGCUACAACAACUUAGCUGCCUGUUUGCUGCAGAGACAGAGUGUUGACUAUGCUCGUGUCCGGGAGUACAGCCUGCGCGUGCUGCAGUGGCGACCAGGUGACGUCAAAGCACUGUACAGGGCAGGAGUGGCCACACUGGAACUGGGAGAUGCAGAGACAGCCAAACAGUACCUCACCCAGGCCUGCAGGGAGCAGCCUCAUGAUGCCAACGUCCGGAAGCACCUGCAGAGGGCUGAGGAGAAGCUGAAUCGGGAGUUACAAAAGGAGAAGGCCAUGUACCGGGAGAUGUUUUCUUCCAGCCUGAAGGGUAGCUCUGGAGAGGGGAUUAACCAAACCAACAGAGCCGGUGAGGGAGUUUAGCCAAACAGUGCAACCCACCAAAUGAAGUCUCAUCCUGAGAGAGGCUUUGUUCAACCUCAGCUGGUCCCAAACCAGUUGAAGAAUGUUCACAAAACUGAUGUUACUGUGUCUUCUCCCAGUGAUAAUGAGGUGACAAAGUAAAAGUGAUGCUGCUGAAAAUAGAAAGGAGAGAAGAGAAAAGUUUGUUCCCUAGCAACAGG